UCUCUCUUUUUCAGCACCACCUCCCUCCCAGCAAACAAAGAAUGGCCUGCUACGACCUGUGCCCCACCACCCCCGGCAUCUCCUGCCCCCAGCCCGUCGCCAACAGCUGCAACGAGCCCUGCGUGCGCCAGUGCCCCGACUCCACCGCGCUCAUCCAGCCGCCCCCCGUGGUGGUCACCUUCCCCGGCCCCAUCCUCAGCUCCUUCCCCCAGCAAGCCGUGGUGGGCUCCUCUGGAGCACCUGCUUUUGGGGGCUCCCUGGGGCUGGGGGGGCUCUACGGGGGCUCCCUGGGAUACGGAACCCAGUAUGGAUACGGGAGCCCGGCCCUGUCCGCGCUCGGCAGCGGCUCCUGCGGCCCCUUCUCGUCCCGCCGCUACGGCCGCGUCUUCCGCAACGUCUGCGGGCCCUGCUAAAGGCACAGGGGGGGCCCUGCUAAGCCC